CAGAUUCAAAGCGAACGAGGCCGCCAGCUGGCAGCAUGUCAUUGUUAGAGCAAGCCAGUAACGGCGAUGCCAUCAAGGUCUUUCUUCGAGUCCGUCCGUCUGAUGACAAAGACGCGGGGCGCGGUAUGUGCCUAGACGUGACUGGGCCGACGUCUUUGUCGAUAGCUUGCAAACCAGAGGCGAAGACAUUUACAUUUGACUACGUCGCAGGAGAGGAAACAACUCAGGAAGAAGUGUUUGCUUGUGUUGGUAAGGGCAUCAUCGAGAGCUGUGUAGCAGGCUACAAUGGAACAAUAUUUGCAUAUGGUCAGACUGGAUCUGGGAAGACUUUCACCAUGCUAGGACCCUCAGACAACAAGAACACGUUCACUCAUCAUCGCCGAGGAGUAAUCCCAAGAACCUUUGACUAUCUGUUUAGUUUGAUAGCAAGAGAACAACAGAAAAAUGGAGAUUUAGUGACUUUCCUUCUGAAGUGUUCCUUUUUGGAGAUUUACAACGAGCAGCUCUAUGACUUAUUAGACAAUGUGUCUUCUAGUCGUCAUGUGAGAGAGAGCAUGAAACGUGGCGUGUUUGUUGACGGUUUAACAGAGAAAGUCAUUACUAAUGGACAGGAGGCCUAUGAGGUUUUAUCUAAAACAUGGCUGAACCGUAGAGUUGCAGAAACAUCAAUGAACAGGGAAAGCAGUCGAAGUCAUGCCGUUUUCACCAUCACAAUAGAGUCAAAGAGGAAGGAGAGUAAGGUGGGUGUGGUGAACAUCAGAACGUCACAGUUGAAUCUAGUUGACUUGGCUGGCUCUGAGAGACAGAGGGAUGCUCGUACAGCUGGAAUUAGGCUGAAGGAGGCUGGCAGUAUCAACAAGAGUUUAUCAGCUCUUGGAAAUGUUAUCAUGUCACUAGUUGAUGUUUCUCAUGGUAAACAACGUUAUGUCCCUUACCGAGAUUCGAAGCUUACGUUUCUUCUUAGAGAUUCUCUCGGUGGAAAUGCAAAAACCUUUGUGAUUGCAAACGUUCAUCCUGGAGCAAGAUGCUUCGGUGAAACACUUUCAACCCUAAAUUUUGCAAAAAGAGCUAAACAGAUCAAGAACAAAGCGACGGUAAACGAGGACACAAUGGGCAACAUUGCCCAGUUGCAGAUGGAGGUGCGUCGGCUGCGAGAGCAAUUGUCACAAAUCAAAGGAGGAUUAGCACCAAUCACCACCAUUCAGUCUGCAUCAUCAAGAUUGGCUUCAGAGCGAGAUGUGAAAGAAAAAGAGGAGCUGAAGGAAAUGCUCAAAUCGGCAAUCUAUGGGAAAGACAAGGCAGAGCAAGAUAGGAAGCUUCAAGAAGAAAGAGCAACAAAGUUGAUGGAACUGUGCAACAGGAAAGACAAGUUUAUGCAGUCAAGCAAGAUGAUUCUCAAACUUCGAGAGGCUCAUAUCAGUGAUUUACGGAAAGCAUUAAAAGAAGCCGGAAGUUUGGACAUUGAAAAUGAAACGAUUAAAAUGUUGCGAAGCCAAGUCACCGAACUAGAAAAGAAAGUUGAUCACCAUCCUGAUGUUGGGAAAUUAUCACUUCUGAACGAACAGCUGAGAUCUGAGUUGAAGCAGUUACGAGGCCAUGGAUCGGAGGAUUUAACAAGUGAACUGACGAAGGCUCAUCGCUACACACUUCAACUGGAGAGACAGCUGUCAAACUAUAUGGAAGGAAAUGAAGUGAACAGUAGAGUGACGGCAUCUCUGUGUUGUGAUCACAUCACGGAGUUGGAAAAAGCAAAAAACACAAUUGGUCAGCUUGAAAAAAAACUAGAAAAGGUGACUCAGAACCAUGCGAACGUCGAGGAGAGAGCAAGGAAAAAGCAACUGGAAACAGACGGAGAGGUUGUUGCACUGCGGCAGACUAAUGCUGAACUGGAGGAGACUGUUAAAGCUCUCAAGUUACAUGUACAUACAAUAAAGCUGUUGACUCCUGCGAAAGGGACUCCCAGAUGUCGGCUCUCAGAUUCUCCCGUCUCUACUUCUCCAUCUGCUAUGAUUGUUUCAGAGCUUCCUCCUGAAGAAUUGGAGUAUGAACUUCCUGUUCUUCCUGAAGAGAGAAGUGAUGCCAUGGAUUCUAAGGAGACACUGAGAGAAGAGUUGUCUGCAUUAGAAGACGAGAAGUGUCAACUUGAAAGUCGGAUUCAGGAGAAGGAAACAAUUAUGAGAAAGAUGAAAGAAGAGAAUACACAACUAAGACAUCAAUUGUCUGAAACAGAACAGCUCGUUGACUGCGAACGUGUCGGACACAAGUCAAUUCUAAAGGAAAUAAACACAGAACUCCAAAUAGUUAAGAACGAAAAAGACAAAUCAGAAAGAGACAGAGAUUCUCUCAGAGAGAAGGUAGAUGAACUGCAGGCAAUCGUCUCAUCAGUAGACAAGCAACUAAAUGAAACAAAGCGAACAAUUUAUAAACAAAAGUCAGUUGAUGCUAACAAUCUGUCUAAGGUUGAGGCAGAGGUGGUACGGCUUCAAGUUGAGCUGACAAGCAACAUUAUGCAAUGUGAGAGGGCAGUAGAAGAGAGAGAUGUACUGCAGGCUGAGAUUGAAACAACCCAACAAGAAGCUGCAUUCUAUGCUGACAGAUCAGAAGAACUAGAGCAGCAUCUCCAACGAAGGGAAGAACAAAUGGAAGAGCUGAAACGUGAAAUUAAUCUGUUGAAGGAGAAACUCGAUUUAGAGGCAGAACAGACCAGUCGAUUGCUAGCCCAACUGAAAGAAGGCAGUGCAGACAAGGAACGCGAACUACUGCAAGCAGUUGAGGAGAAUGCUUGCUUGAAAUCAGAACUCUCCGAUUUCAAUGGAAGAAACGAACAACAGGCUAGACAGAUCAGAGAUCUGGAGAGUUUGGUUACAUCUCGAGAGACUACCAAUGCUGAGUUGCUGAAAACGGUUGAAGAAGGCCGGGAGUCAAUAGAAACACUCAUGGCUGAUAUACAGAGACUGAGGGACGACUAUACAGAGACUGAGGCAACAGCAGCAAGUUUGACGGGUGACUUAGAAGGGCUUGGUAUGGCCAACACAGAACUACGAGCAGAAAAUACUCAACUGAAAUCAAGGCUGAAUGAUUCUAAACAACAACUGGAAACAAUAAUGAGGAAACAAGAGCAGGAGAGGAAUUCAGAUAUAAUGGAGCUGGAUAUGUUGAGAGAAGACUGCACUUACCUCAGUGAGGAGAAUGAACAACUAAAAACAACCGUAACUCAACAAGAAGAUGAGCUGAACUCAUUGAAGGAACAGUUUGAGUCAUCUAAGAACACUGUAACAGAACUUAGUGUGCAGAUUGACACUCUAAAGUCUGCUGCUGCCAAGGUCCAUUCUUCAUUUAUCACUCCAAUGAGAGAUGCUGGAACUGGAGACUCGUUGCAUGUUGUGAUGGAGACACCACUGACUGGACAAGGCAGUUCUAUCAUGAAGAAAUUGAGAGACGAUGCAGCAGAAUUUGAACAAACAAUAGAGAGCCUUGAAAGGCAACGAACCCUUCGGCUAGAACAGAUCCAAAGCCUAAAGACUCAACUCAAUGAAAUACAGCCACUAAAAGAUGAGAUAAAUCAACUAGAGGUUGCAAAGGCUCGAUUAGAACUCCUUGGGGAGGAAAUGUGUGAGAGCAAAUUGGAAUUACAACUGGAGGUCAAGAAGGCUCAAGAUUCUGCAGAAAGAGCUCAAGCAGCAUUUGAAGCAGCCAACAGACUGAAGGAAGAAACCACAAAUGAAAAUUUCUUUCUUCGUGAAGAACUUGACGCCAAAGUGGCUGUUAUGGUUGAGAUGGAAGAACGUCUAGCAGCUUUAGAAGACAAGGCUGCAAGAUCUAGCGAAAUGGAAUCAGCAGCAUUUAGAGAGAAAGAAGAAAUUGCCUCAAAUCUUCAGAGAGUAUUAGAAGAAAAAGCAAAGUCUCAGAAGGAUUAUGAGACAUUGAUGUCUCGGUACAGCAAGUUGUCUGAUGAACACAGUAAACUUGUUGGACACCGAAAUCACAAACAGCGCAUUCACUAUCACAUGCAAAUCAAAAAAGAGAAUGAUCUACUGAAAGAAGAGAUAGCCCGUUUGAAAUCCAGACUGAUGUUCAAGACUGGCCAAGUUGAUGAGUUGGAGACGGCGCUGACUCGAUACAAUACACAUAAGUUAAUUUCAGAACAACAUGGACACAUUGUGCCUCCUACAGCAAGUCGAAGAACAAGAGAAAAGAGUGUAGAAAUCAAAGAGAACAUAUCACCGACUUCAUCUCAGUAAUCCUAUGUA